GUGAGCAGUCCGCCGCGAUUCAUACACACACUUGACGGUUGGCGAGUGCACAUCUCCCAGCGUCGUCGUGUCCUUAGGCAAAAAUCAUCUCGCACAACGGCCACGACCCCCUCGACAGCCGUGCCUGUUCGGGGUGAACCAGGGGCGUUUACAGAGGGUCGUCGUGACGUUGCCUGGUGGUCGAGACGAAAUCGUAGAAAGAAAAAGAAAUAGAAGCUCGUCGCUUUGCCGACCGUCACUAAGCGGAAACCCUCGCGAUCCCCGUCGGAUUUUUCUCGAGCCGUGAAAUUGGAGAGUUAAGACGACCUGUCGUCGAAAAUUCCGGCGCCAUUAUCCUCAGCUGAGAGUUUUUCUGGCAUCCAGUUCACCCCUCUUGAACGCUGCCCCAUGUGUCAGUCGGUGUUCAGGGUCAGUAUAGCACAAUAGUUUGCUGCGCUCGUGGCCUCGACCAUUGUUGACGUUCCCCGGGCACCUGUCGCUUGUUGGCGCAGAGGACUACGAAUACGGCCAGCGCCGAACGGGAAGACCGGCCAGUGGCAGAGUAGAGAGCUUCUUGGGCUGUAUGCAGCCGGCCACCAUAAUGGCGGAGCUCUUGUGCCUCGAGAAGGACGUGGAUUUCCAGGAGCGGCCUGAGGGCCAGGGUCCCGUGUGCUCAUACAGGGACCCGGCCAUCUUCGACGACUGCACAGUGCUUGACAACCUGCUCAGGUCCGAGGAGAGGUACCCAAUCAACCCUCGCUACUUCAACUGUGUCCAAAAGGAGCUCUCUGUCAACAUGAGACGGAUCGUCGGACGCUGGAUGCUUGAGGUGUGCGAGGUGGAACAGUGUCGGCCUGAGGUUUACCCUCUCGCCAUGAACUGCCUGGACCGAUUCCUGUCAGUGAGGCCAGUGCGCAAGUGCCAACUGCAACUCACGGGAGCCGUGUGCAUGUUGCUAGCCUCAAAGUUUCGCCAGACGAAGCCCCUGUCCCUGGAGAGGCUUUCCAUGUUCACCGACUACUCGGUCACAAGGGAGGAACUCAAGGACUGGGAACUUGUGGUGGUAUCGACCCUCAAGUGGGACGUUUGCGGUGUGAUCGCGUGCGACUUCCUCGACCACCUGAUUCACAGGUUGGAACUGCCCAAGGAGGCAGUCUGCAGCCGAGACCACAUCCGCACGCAUGCCCAGACCUUCAUCAGUCUCUGCUACACAGAAUUCGAGUUCAUCCUGUCGCCAGCGUCGAUGAUCGCCGCGGCGAGCAUCAGUAUGGCCGUCUGUGGCCUAGUCAAACUCAACUGGACCCAAAAGAAAGAGGUGCUGCAGAGGCUUCACGACGUCACCAGUAUAGAAGUGGACUGUCUGCAAGACUGCCAGCAGAGGAUCGAAAAGACGCUGGUGAGGAACUACCCCGAACUCACCAAGAGCCUUGCAGCUUCUCUAAACGGCACUACCCCGACGCCAACUCCAGCAUCGACACCGUCGGGGGACUACGCAGUUAAAGUGAGCGCCGAGACUGUCACGCUGGAGUCAGAGACCCCCGAGACCCCUACCGACGUCCAGGACGUUCUAUUUUGAACUGCGGCCUCCCCCAAGGCCUAGGCACUGCCAGAAUAUCUUAGGAAAAUUAAAAAAAGAAAGAAAAGAAACAAGACGAGAAUGCCCUGUCACUGUGCUUCAUUAGUGGUCGAUAAGCACAGCGAUGUGUGGCUUCAACUCGUGCUCGACACAUCUCGUUCGACAGACGUCGUGGUCGACAAGCCCAGCGAUGUGUAGCUACAAGUUUACGACCUCAGCCACAACACCACCCCUUGUCUCCCAAACCCUUCAAACAGCUGCAGGAAAAUGCAAUAGAACUCGUUUGAGGAGGGACUCCGGUGUUCACCCCGAGUACCCAUCCGUCUUAGUAAAUGCAAUUGAACACUUGGAACACUUCUGUGCGUGCGUGUGCGCGUGUGCUGCCACAGUUUUCUUGUGACUUUCGGCGAACUGUAUUUAGUCCUAAUUUUCUAUUCAUCGCUUCAUUGCUGCCAGCUGCCUGCCGAGAAAGGAAGCAAAAGAAACGUCUUUGCCAACGGGAAGAAAGCCAGUGACAACCUUUUCUAACCAGACCUCAGCACCCUUGCUACUCCCCAAAGGCUUUUUCUUUUUUGUCCCACGUGAAAAGAUACUGAAAGAACUGCAAGGCUGACGAAAAUGUUCGAUGGUGACUGAAGAUGUGAACUGUUCUAGAAACUUUUUUUAAACCUUUGUCUUCGCUUUGCCACUGGGUGUUGGUCGAAGAUGGUCACUCUUGACUCGUUCGUGCAUUUUUUUUAUUAUUAUUUGCUCGACCUUGACAUUAAGUCGAGAGGGAAAAACAAAGAGAGCAAAAGUUGGAGUGAAGUGUGAUUGCAAGUAGUGUGCCUUGUGCAAAAUGUGCGUCUCGGAUGUAACAGAAAGCAGAGAUGUGAAGACGCCUAGUCAACGAUGAACGUGACUCUUUUUAAUGUUAUGUUUCAGUUUAGUCUGCAUGGCAUUGUAUUGGUGUGUGUAAGAGACCAACUACGAAGAUGACGGCUAGAAAAACGAAAGCAAUGGUGCUGCACGAAAUAUUUUUGAGUGAUAUGAAUUCGAUUUUUUUUUGAACUGUCUGCUUGUAUUUUGUGCGUGCUUGAGGACAUGGCGAGAAAGAAAACAAAACAAAAUGAGACAGCCAUGACAAGUGUCGUAGUAAGAAAUUCUGGGAAACCGCAAAGAACCAGAUGACCAGUUAGAUGACGCAUUGCGGCAAAGCCAGGAAUAUUUCGUUGCAAAACUUUCUGUAAGAUUUCCCAAGCAUGGGCUUUUCAAGUGCCCUUUAUUCGUACCUUGGGUUUUUCUUUUGGUCGCUGGAAUGGAAAUCGGAAUCACUUAACUUAACCUUGAGUUCGAAGUAACCCCGAGUAACCUUGACAGUUCGAUGACCCUUUGAGAGUGCCGAAGGAAUUUAGCCGUGAUGCUGAUUGCGAAUUUACCGCGUGCAUGAUGCGUGUGUGUGAGCGUUACCGUGUGGUAAAAAGAAAACUCAGGAAAGGCGGGCAGUAGUUUUUUUUUCGAGGUUUAAGUGGGUAUUAUUAUAUUAUAGCAAUAAUUAUUUUUAUUGUCUUUUGUUGUUGGAUCAAGUCCUCUAUAGCGUUGCACGAAGAGCACCAGGGCAUUUUUUGAGGGUGUGUCACCUGUGUUUUUUCGCCUACUUUUUUGUGUAUAUACAUAAUAUCUUAUCUAUACAAGUGCUCGUCGAUCGGCGAGACAAGCUGCGAAAUCGCGUUAGUGUUCGAGCGGUAUACUUUUUUCUGCCACUAGCUCCUCUCUGAUUCAAGGUUACAUGGAUCCCAAAGGGCGUGGUAUUUGUCACAUGGGGUGACCACUGCGUUAGUGACUUAAUACCUCCACUGUGAAUGUCAGCUUUAGGCUUUUUUUUUCCCUUUCGUUCAACUCGCAAUUCGUAAUCCGCAUCCACUUGUAGCCAUCCAUGUGUCGUCACGUCACAGCAGAUUAAUCGCAUGCAUCACCGGUUUUUCACGUUCCGUUGUUCCACUAAGCAGGACAUGUUUUGAUGACGUAACCAUCAAAAAGUAGGAAGUUGUGCAGAACCUUUGAUGAAGGCUCAUCUUGUGCCGUCGUUUACCGUGCCGACGAAAUCUGCGGCGAAUCUUAUUUUGUCGUCAUUAGCGUCGAUGCUUGCCCUGUGCAUCGACGUGACAUGUUUGAGACCAGCAAACAAUGUCAACCCGACAAAUAACUGUUGCGUGUAAAGCAGAUAUCGGCACUCUCACGAUGACAAGUGGACAUCUACUGUCGACACUUCAUCAUAUCCGACUUCAAUUUGACACGUAAUUAGGAUAUCUUUACACGGGAUCACAAAUGAGAAAGUGCGAUUUAGCGCAUCCUUUAUCAAAACCUACCAAAAGCGCAAAGUCUAAUGCCCCUUGGUGGCAGAACCGCGAACUAAAAACUCUCGAACCGCUGAUGUUAAGCGUCGUUGGAGUAUUCUUUAUUCACAGUUGGAAUGGAGAAAAUACAGAAAACAGCAGUUCUUGACUGGAGCACCUCUUGCGCAAAGUCAUCCAGCAAUACCUCAGAGCCUCGUAAUUUAUAACUGUUAGUGUGCGUUCACGUGUUGAAGCAGAGACGCUCCAGUUGACAAAAGAAAGAAAAAGAGAAGAGAAUGCAAACAGAUGCCGACGUAGCCGUCUCCCUACCUAAGUAAAAACAAGAACCCCCCUCCUGCAGACUCUUGUCAAAGACUCGAUGCCAGUCACACACCGCUUCAUAUAUACAUGGUGCAGGGAAUGAAGAAAAAAAAAUGAGAAUAUCACCGUUUUUCGCUUUAUCAUAAUUUUUUGUUGUUUCGCUGUAUAAGCUGUCUUCCGCCAAAAUAUGCUGGUCAUAUGUUGUACACUUAAAGGUUUUUUUUUUUUUUCGCCUUGUCGAACAGCCAGUCUUAUGUCCUUGCAGCUUUGUUCGUUUGUCCGGUCCGUUUGUUGGACACACCGUCAUACGUCCAUGUUUGUUCUUCCUGAUCAGAGCGUAUAAAACGCGUCCGUAUAAAUAUUAUAUAUAUUAUAUAUACAUACAAAUAAUAUUAGGUUACCACGCAGGCAUUUAAGUACAUUUUUUUUUUGUCGCUUCUAUUUUGUUCCCGCGUUCCAGCUGUGCGUCGCUGACCAGGAGAUAGCGUGAUGACCUGUUCUUUAUUUGUACUAAGACAGAGUCCGUUUUGAAAGCGCAAGACGCCAUCAGCUGCAGAUGAUGAAGAGAAAGAAAUUGUGAUCUUUACGGACUCCAAUUUUUUUCUUCGUGAGUACGUAUGUUUUUAUACGAACUUUAGAAAAGAUUGACUCCCCCCCCCCCCUAUUUAUUGAAAGCACGGACGAGUUACACGGCUGUGUUCUUGGACUUCCCCCUUUCUGUUUUGAUCUUCUCAAAGCAUUUGGUUGGGCCACUGCCAGCCUUUUCUUUUCCUUUAUUAUCGUUAUUAUUUUCUCCGCAGACUUUCGAUAGCCUCAGAGAAAUGUCCACUGAGCCCUUGGGGCCCACAUAUUUUUUUUUCUCCCCCCCAAGCUACUGAUACCUCCUGAGAUAUGUGUUAGGUUAUAUUUUUGUCUUUGGGGGCGACUUUACGGUUGUACAAAUAGGUAACCGCCAUUGCGAAAGAAAAGUAACAACUACAAAAUGACACCACAAUCGCCUCAGGUACAACGAUAAAUAGUAUUUUGGCUUCCCAUUUCGCGUUUCGGGACCUGGCGUCUACCCAGGUGCUAAGGUAACGGAGCCUGAUUUCGUAUUCGUCUUACUGAGGGAAAUUCUUAGGAAAAGCUCGUAACAUGGACGUCUGAAUAGUUCUGUAGCAAUUGAACGUUUCCACUAAAAAAAAAAAAAAUCUGGAUUCAAAAUGCAAAAUCCACACAGCAUGUCUUGUAUUUUUUCUAAUUGUGCCCCCUUUCGACAGGGGCUCCUCAGGUGCCACCAUCGAUCACCCCGUGGGAUGUUGUACAUACGAGGGACUCCCUGAAAGUUCUCUGCUGCAGUAGGAAUGUCAGUCCUUGAAUUUUCAUGCGACAGUCCAGGAAGCAAGUGCACCGUCGAAAGCGAAGUGUACGCACGCUUCAUGAAUGCUACAGCCUGCAAAAAAUUUCUAUAUGAAGUGGCAGGCCUGAUAACCAUUGUCUAUUGAGCCGUUAUCGAGAAUUCGACAUCUGGUAAAGGCAAGCUUUCGAGUGUCUUCAUUCGUCUUCGAAUCACGAAUGUUCGCAUUUCCCUCGCAGCGUAUAGACACGUUUGCACACUUCAGGCGCGUGCGGGAAUUCCCGCCCAACGUUUCCUUCCAAGAGCACGAAAUGGGGAAGACUGUAUUCAGAACAGACCACCACUUGGUACAAUGCAUUUUGUUUACAUCAUAUGAAUCUGAAAAAAAAAAAAAAAGAUUCGGAUAUUCAGUAUGCAUCCAGUAUUGCAUCCGCCUUUUCGUUCGCGUGAGGCUUCACCUUGAGACACAUCAUAAUGCCAACGCUAGUUAGAAGUCGUGGCCAUAUUUCCUUCUCAUCGUUUUUUUUUCCAAUCUGCCAUGGUCGUUCAGGAAAUUGUGCUUGAAUAUCAUUACAUCCAUCGCUUCGUGAUUUUUUUAUGUUAUUUAUCAUAGCGUUCAUUGCCUGCAGCGGACAUAUUUUCCGCGGGUAUGCAGCUUUUGGGUGUAUGAACGUUCUUAAGGGAAACAAAAAAGUGCCCCUCAUAUUAGACUGUCAACGAUCACCUUGAUGUGUUAUCUUUCUUUUAUUUUACUUUUUCUUUUGCUUCUCAUGGAUCGCGGUCGUUGAGAUUAAAAAGGAUCGUAUUUCAGCACACUGAAGUCUAUUCCAAAAGUGAAUAGCGAAACGAAAAAAAAAAAAGGAAUGCUGAAAAAGAAAACACGAAAAAAAAAUUGUCUCAAUGUGUUCUAUGUAACCAAUCUGGUACAGCGUUCUAUUUGUUGACAAAAAGUGCCUGAAAUGUGUACGCAAAGUUUAUGCUGCGUCACCUAUGGUAUAGAAAAAAAACAAAAAAAUAAAGCAUGACGACUUUCACGUCUUCACUUGUAAAUACAUGAUUUGAUCGUGAACAGUGAUGUUUUUUUUUUUGUUGUUGUCCCCGCAAUAAAUGAAAAUGACAAAUGUU